AUGAUAUCCACUAGGCCACGUCUUUUACUUGGUAAAUGGAGAUACAGCAUACCAUCCACCCUUUUGGCAUCAUCGAGCUCUCUCACACCGGCCGUGAGAACAUUCCAUGCCAGUAGCAUUAGGCGUAGGGCGGAAGAUGCCCCAGAGUACGAGUAUAUCGAGGACUGUGAACGGCUGGAGAGAUACUCCCCCGGUGGCUAUUAUCCGGUGAAGCUUGGGGAUCGCCUCUGCGAUGGGCGUUACUGCAUCGUCCACAACCUGGGAUUUGGCGGCAGCUCUACUGUAUGGCUGGCUUCCGACCAGAAGCAACAGAGGCUGGUUGCUAUCAAGAUAAGAACUGCUGACUCUGUCGAAGAGUCUGAGGAGGAGGAUAUUCUUAUCCGACUCCGUGGGCAGCCAUCGAUCAGACAGCUGCUGGACACAUUUAUUGAAAACAGUCCUAACGGGGCCCAUCGUCUUACUACUGCUCGAGCUAUCAUCGCGGACUUGGUGUUAGCUGUUCAGUCUUUACACGGACAGGGAAUCGUCCAUGGCGAUAUACACUGUGGCAACCUUUUACUUCGACUUCCCGCUGACCUUUGUCGGAUAGUCAACCCUUUAAGCCUAUACCAAAAAUUCGGGAACCCAAUUCUCGAGCCUAUUGUCCGAGUAGACCGCAAGCCACUCCCCGCAGGAGUCCCUACCCAUAUUAUUGGGCCUGUAAGGAUGGGAAUUCGAUCCGACCAAAUCACCGAUUCACACCUACCUGUUAUACUAUCCGACUUUGGUUCAAGUUACUGCCCGGAUAAAACAAGACGGGUCAACGCACGUACGCUGCCACAUCUUGUCCCGCCAGAAGCAUUCUUCGUUGACGAGCAAAAGGACGAAGAUAGGCUAUCUUUCCCUAGCGAAAUCUGGACUCUUGGAUGUAUCAUAUUCGAGAUUAUUGGUGGUGGAGGUCCUUUUAGCAUCUUAGGCGGUGGCAUUCUUCAGGAUCAAGUCUGUGUGCUCGGGAAGCUUCCCGAACCAUGGUGGUUACGGUGGGAGUCCAGGGCAGAGUUCUUCAACGAGGAUGCCACGGUUGAUAUGGCAACUGGUGCUACUCCUUUCAAAGACAGCCUAGAGGACCGGUAUAACUGGUUUGUCCGGGCUGCUCGACGGCGAUCAGAAAUGGAAGAGCAAGGCGAGGAUGAAAAGAGGGCUUUUCUACAUAUGAUUGAGACGAUACUUCGAUAUUCGCCUAGGGACAGGGCCACUAUUCAGGAUAUCGUUGAUUCUGAGUGGAUGCAGACAUGGGCGCUGCCAUUGUCUACAAAGCGUCAGCGUUAA